CAGUACGUGGAUGGGGAGUCGUGCAGCGUGCAUCAUGUUGUAUCACCUGUUGCUGCAGACAGUUAAGACACAACAGUCAGCAGGUGUAUCACCCGGUCAGCCUCACCUCCUGCAGUAUGACCUGGAUGACGGUUACGAGGAGGCCGUCAACGACUUGUCAGAGGCCGCGAGCGGAGGGUCAUUGUACGUCAUCAUUGAUGAAGUCGCGAGUGAGUACAGUCAUGGCUACACAAUGAACUACUUCCAGACUUUGUGUAAGUUGCUGCUAACACAAGUUCCUCGUCUCCAUCUGUGGGCGGCAAGUUGUUUCCAUGACUACAUACCCGACGGCUGGGAAGUGGAAUAUUUAACCAGACCCCUCCGCUCUCCUCCGGCCGUCGUCAGGGAAGUCGAGCAGGACAAAAUGAUCACUACACACAAUUAUGUACUGCCGUACAGUGAGCGAGGUGUGCCCGACCACACAGACGGCCCGCCAGUUACACGACUGUAUCACCGAGGUCAGGGUCACUCAGGUGAAAGGCCAGUUAGCUGUGUGACGUGUGGUCGUGAGGUGGCCAGCUUCCUACACAGUCUCCGUGUUGGUGUUACAGGGAGAAGCACAACAACAUCUACAACAUUGACCUCUACCAGUGGCGGCACAACACCACCCUGUCUACAGUGGAGAGACGUGCUGGUGUCAUACUGGGAUAACGUUUUUGAUCAGUCGGGUGUGGUCACAGGACUGCAAGAAGCGGGUAUCCCAGUGACGGAUGAUGACAUCGAGGACGUGGCCACGGCCUCCAGUGACGUGGUGUGGGUGGCGAGUGGACCUCGUGUUCGUGGUCUGGAGAGAAAAGUCGUCGUCUGUCUGGAGGACUUUGAUUACGGCUUAUUGACAUAUUCUUUACAACCGCAGAAUUUAACCUUUGCCCGACUUGACAUCAUGUCCCGCUGUACGUCACAACUUGUGAUUGUCUACCCUGACGACAAGCCGCUAGAAAGUCACUGACACUGACACACCUGUCUACUGCUGUAGUCGUGUGUCAGUCUUUUACACCAACAAUUGUCUUGCCCGCAGUGACGUGGUGUGGGUGGCGAGUGGACAUCGUGUUUGUGGUCUGGAGAGAAAAGUCGUCAUCUGUCUGGAGAAUCCGGAUUACGAUUCAGUUAGUUAAGUAUUUACCAGUGUACAUCUUUACCUCUCCCCGACUUAACCUCAUGUCCCGUUGUACGUCACAACUUGUGAUUGUCUCCAUUGACGACAAGCUGCUAGAAGGUGACUGACACUGACACUGACACACCUGUCACCUGCUGUAGUCGUGUGUCAGUCUCUUACACGUUCAAAUGUCUUUUAGUGUUUGUCCUCUUCUACUCUAUCACCACGUCAGAUGUACUAGAUAUCACGUCAAUACAGAUUUUUUACAUCAAUAGGUGCUUAUCUCUGUUUACUAAACAACAAGUGUCAACAAGUUUGUCUGUUUCAGAAGUCUGUGUGUUAAUGUGUCAGCAUAUUCGUGCGUCAGUCUACCAGUGUGAUAUCUGUGUCACUGUGUGUAUAAGAGGUUGUACACGUGCUGUCAAAGGGCAAAGUUAUCUGUGCCUCAUCAGACUGUAAUGUUAGUGUAAUGUCGUGCACAAAAGUGUUCAGUCUGAUAUUGUUUACUGCCAGUGGUAAACAAGGGGACAGAACUCUGAGACUAAAUACAGACACGAGUUGUCCAUCAAAACCCGUUUCAUUGAGUUAAGAGAUUUAUUGAUGUAAACACAACAAACACUAGCGGCUCACUUAUACAACACAUGUUACAAGUUUAACUGUUGGGCACAAACACAUUCACACGAUGUACAAAUGUUGUUUCAAAUCGUUUAUAAAUGUCGCCCCACGUUUUACAAUGAGUGUUUCAAUAAAGAAUUUUGUUGUUAGUUUAAAACAAGUACAGACUGUUGUUAAGUGGUUAAAAUAGUUUUAACAGUCAUGUCACCCACAGGCACCACGUGACCACUGUUUCAACAAAGUCAAAUAACAGGCUGACAAUAUAAAUAUACAGCAGACAGCAAAUAAACCAGUAAAUAGCAAUGACAGGAUACAAUACCUACGCCACGAUCACAUGACACUGUUACAGUUUGCUAACAUUUU